GACCUCGCUCACGAUUUGAGCCGCCUGAGAGCUGCCUGGCCAUCCAGCCGUGCUCGACGCUGUCUCUAACUGAUCCAGAAGCUGCACGACGCGUGUCGCCGCUUCCGCUUCGCUUGUGGGCCACAGGCAGCUAAGCAGGAUGGAGCGCGAGCAUGGAGAAGAGCCGAGCAGCCGCGCGCCGCGGGAGGAUGACCGCCGCCGCGACGACGACCGCUCGUACGACCGGCCGAGCAGCCGCGACGGACGCCGCCCGCGCGAUGACUACGAUAGGCCGCGGAGCCGCGACGGCUUCGAGAGGCCGCGGAGCCGCGACGACCGCUACUACGAGCGCGACGAGUACGACCGCGGCCGCCGGUCGCGGGACGACGAUCGCUACUACGAGCGCCGCCGGCGCGACGACGACCGUUAUUAUGACAGAGACAGGGGCUACGACCGCCGGCGGCGGGAGGACGACCGCUACUAUGAUCGUGACCGGGGUCACGACCGGGACCGGGGCUACGAUCGGAGGGGCGACGACCGGCGGUACCGCUCGCGAUCUAGGGGAGACCGCCACCGGCGCCGCCGCGAGCGCGAGGACCCGGCCUGGACGGCGCGGGAUGAUAGGAUUGUGCCGCGCGAGCGCGAGCCCGAGCCUAGAACAGAGAGGCCGCGGUCGCGGUCGCGCCGCGACGACCGGCCGCCGCCGCGCGAACCGGAGCCGCGGGAACCGGAGCCCGCGCCGCCCAAGGAAGAUGAGAGAAGGUCGCGGUCGCUGAGCUGGUCGCCGCCGCCGGCCGUGCGGAGGCAGAUGGCCGAGCUGAAGGCCCGGAAGGCGCGGGAAGCGGAGGCGGCGCGCGCGGGCAAGGACCCGGCCGAGAAGACGGGCAAGUUCUGGGACGGCUUCCGCUGGGUCGAGCACACGCCGGCGUCGCAGCUGCCCUCGAACCCCGCCACCAGGAAGGAGCGCCGUUUGUAUGUGGGCAACCUGCCCCAGACCUUUGAUGGAGAACAAUUGAGGAUCUUCCUGAACGAGGCCUUGAGAGCGUGCGGCGCCAUCCCGGCCGGCGUCGACGAAGUGGUUGUUAGUAGUUGGGUGUCGCCGGACAAGAAGUUCGCGUUCGUGGAGCUGAGCACGGUCGAGGCCUCGACGACAGCUUUAGGGCUCUCGGGCAUCACGUGCAUGGGCUGCCAGCUCAAGAUCUGCCACCCGAACAACUAUGUGGUGGGCGCUUUGCCGGGCAUGGGCACGGCGCUGGCCACGACGGACCAGAACGGCGCGGCGUACGCGCCGGGAUUCGGGCCGGACGCGGACCCGCAGCAGCAGGAGUUCAUGCAGGCCGCGCUCGCGGCGAUGGCCUCGGGCGCGCCCACCUAGUGCCAUCCUCCUCCCUCCUUAGUUUAAGCGUGGGCGUUUUCAAC